AUGGCUCCUAAUUAUGUGAUGAUAGUUGCUCUGAUAACAUUUAUUUGCUUUUCACUAUGUUUUGGUGAUGAUGCUAUGUUACCAACACACAACAAUCUCAUAACCAAAUCUAACUGCAAUGAAAGUUGUGGCAAUGUCAACAUCCCUUUCCCAUUUGGUAUGUCCCGAGAUUGCACUCUACGCGAUCAGUUCCUUGUCACUUGUGAUUACUCCUUAAAUCCUCCCCAGCCUUUUUUAGAAAACAGCAGUAUUGAAAUCACAAGCAUAUCUCUCGCUGGGCAACUUAACGUCUUACAGUUCAUAUCCACAGAUUGUUAUGGUGCUGGGAUAAGCACGAAUAAGAUUAAGUCAUUCAUAGCAUUACCGUCGUUGCUAACUGUGAACGACACCUCCAAUAGGUUCAUUGCGGUUGGCUGUGACACAUAUGCUAUUGUUCAGGGUUAUUAUACCAAGUUUGGAGCUAAAAUCGAGUAUCCCUCCUACAUAACAGGAUGCAUGUCCAUGUGCAAUAGUAUUGAUGAUGCUGUUAAUGGUGAUAAAAACUCAUGUUCUGGGGUUGGUUGUUGCCAGACAUCCAUCCCUAAGGGAGCAUGGAAUGUCACCAUAACACUAAGCAGCUAUUAUAAUUAUAAUGAAACUGAUAUGAAAAAUGACCUUAGUUGCAGCUAUGCUUUUGUGGUCGAUCAAGCUACUUUCGACUUUUCUAAGAGUUACCUCAGCAGUUUGCAGAACACGAAGAAGCUUCCUCUUGUGCUAGAUUGGGCAGUUGGUGAAGAAAAAUGUGAAAUAGCUAAGAGAAACUCGACUGCAUAUGCAUGUAAGAGUAACAACAGCUAUUGCCAUGAUGAUUCAAAUGGUUAUCGAUGUUCCCGCAUGCAAGGAUAUGAUGGGAAUCCAUACCUGAUAGAUGGUUGUCAAGAUAUCAAUGAAUGUGCAGAUCCGCAACCAGAUUAUAGGUGUGUCAAAAAUGCCAUUUGCAACAAUACAGUUGGGAGUUAUACAUGCACAUGCCGUCCAGAUUUCAGUGGUGAUGGUUAUACUGAAUGCAAUCGUGACAAUCCUCAGAGAAAAAUUCAGAAUAUUUAUCUUAUUAUAGGCAUUACAGCAGGGGUUGCUUUAAUGGUUUUUAUAAUAUUUGGCUGGUCAUAUACUGCAUUCCAAAGGAGAAAAAUGUCAAUGAUGAAAGAGAAGUUUUUCCAAGAAAAUGGUGGAUUAGUUCUACAACAGCGACUCAGAAGGGAAGAGGGAUCAAGUCAUAAUAAUACAAUAAAGAUUUUCACAUCGGACGAGCUUGAAAAGGCAACUAAUGGCUUUGACAAAGAUAGAGUUGUUGGUCAAGGAGGUUUUGGAAGUGUGUACAAAGGAUAUCUAAAAGAUAAUUGCAUCGUUGCCAUAAAAAAGUCUAAGGUAAUUGAUCUCAAUCAAAUUGAACAAUUCAUAAAUGAAGUCCUUGUCCUUUCCCAAAUCAACCAUAGAAAUGUGGUUAAGCUUUUAGGUUGUUGCCUCCAGACGGAAGUUCCACUACUGGUAUAUGAAUUUAUCAGCAAUGGAACACUUUCUGAACACUUACAUGAUAAAUUUGUUAGGAUUUGA